AUGAGCGGGCAGCAAGGAAAAUCAGAAAACCGCCGAAGCGCCCAAUUGGAGAUUGUGAGCCACAAACCUUGGCAAACCGGCUCGCACUACGCAUACCAAAUCGACCACGCUGAGGAGUCUUACUCGCUACGGCUACGACUCCAUCCAGAACCGUUUCCGAAAGCGCCGGGUUCUGUCGGGGCAACGACAGCCUAUGCUAUCCUGCUCAGCGGUCUAACCGGCUGA